UCGAUUUGAGUCUGAUUCAAGAUUCGGAUAUUCAACAGUUAAAUUUAGGAAUGACAGAUCAGAAUACUUUCAUUGGAUACGCUGUGAUUGUAAACGUUAAGUAUUUUAAAGAACACAGUAGCAGAGAGGAUGCUAUUUCUGAUCAAACGAACGCCUCGGCAGCCUUCAGACGACUUGGUUUUGAAACAAAGUUAGUGACAGAGAUAGAACCAAAGGAUGGUGGUGCAAGGACUGAAUACGUUACUAAACGUCGAUUCCAGGAUGAACUGCAGAAGACCAUAAAUCAUGUGAAGAAUAAAGGAUACAGACAUUUUGCUCUGUUUAUUUCCACACAUGGAGGGGAGGCAAGAAGAGAAGAACAUUACGUACAUGAGUUGUCUUUCUAUGAUGGUGAAGUGUCUACUGAGGAGAUACUCUUUAAUCCACUGGACAGGGAAUUACCACAAGUCAACAAAUUUAUCCUAGUUUCGGCCUGUCGAGUUCGGGAUGGUUUUGAGGAUGAAGAUGAGGACCUAGGUGUACAGAUACAAAUUGUUAAGGACCAGGAUGAGGAAUACCAGACUGAAGAUGAUGGAAUUCAUCACUCCCUUCCUGAAAACACACUUCUUCACUGCAUCACACCAUGUAUAUCAAACUGUGUCACUAUGUUUGCCUCACCCUCAGGAAAGUCAUCAUACCGUUGUCAUUUGGCCAACUUAUUUUGGGAUAGAGUAAAGUUACUGAGUGAUGGAACUCGAGUGAAUUUAUUGGAUUUAUUAAGAGAUAUCAACAGACUAUUUUCAGAGAGGGAGAUAUCGAUGGAUGAUGUACGUGAAGGCUGCCUCAUUAGUUAUGAUGUUUGCAAUGUUGGAAGUAUUUGUCACCGUCUCACUGCACCAAUACACUACACUGUAGUUAAAAACUACUCAAAAAUGAAUAAACCAGCCAUAAAAAAGCAACUUACUCUGGCAAAUCAUAACUACAAAGUUUAUCAAAAGGAGAAGAAUGUUAUAGAAGAUCAUAAAAGCGUUGUUCUCUCUGGGGUGAGAAUGGUGGGAAGGGACGGAGCAAUAGCAGCUGUAGCAGGUGGCCUGGGUGGCGGUAUUCUAGCCUGGAGGGCUUUUUACCCCAGCCUUGUUGACGACAUCAAAACAAUCUACUGCACCAGAAAACCACAAGAUAUCACCACACGAGACAUCAUGUCACGGCGACUUGUUAUAGACAUGUUCGAAGAGACUUCUCGUCUUCACCCAGAGAGAGUCUUCAUUGUGUUUGAAGAUAAAAAUUACACUUAUGCGAUGAUCAACGCUAUGGCCAAUAGGGUGGCAAAUGUAGUGGCUCGCUGGAAUCUCAGUGUAGGCGAUGCAGUGGCUAUGAUGAUAUAUAAUUCCCCAGAAUUUCUCUGGACAUUUCUAGGUCUUCUGAAGCUGGGGCUAGCUGGUACUUUUAUCAACUAUCAUCUACAAGAAGAGCCAUUAAUUCACUCUUUAACAGCUAGCCAGACUAAGUAUCUCAUCGUCGGUAAAGGUUCUGAACUUCUAGACACAAUAAAGAGUGUUUGUGACAAGCUUCCUGGAGACUUUCAAAUCUUUGUAUCAGGAACCUCAGCUGUAUUGCUCCCCGAUAGAUUUACAUCGUUUGAUUUACAAGUGAUGCAGUCACUUCCGGUAGCUGUCUGCCAAUCAGCACGAGAGAAGGUGACGUUGCUAAGCCCAGUUUGCUACAUUUAUACUUCCGGCACGACGGGGUUACCAAAGCCAGCAAUAAUUAACCAAGCCAAAGCGAUUAGACAAACGCAUGGUUACCGCGCCAUCGACUUCACUCAGCAGGAUGUGACGUACGUUGUGACACCAUUAUAUCACAGUGCUGCCACCUGUGUUGGUGUCUUUAAUACAAUAGGUGAAGGUGCAACUAUAGUCCUACGUAGGAAGUUCUCAGCAAGCCAUUACUGGGAGGACGUCCGUAAAUAUAAGGUGACCGUCAUUCAAUACAUAGGAGAGCUGUGUCGAUAUCUGCUCCGUCAGCCAAAGAAUCCACAGGACGGUGUUCAUUGUGUAAGGGCGGCGUUUGGUAACGGACUUCGCAGUGACAUUUGGAGGGAAUUUAAGACACGCUUUAAGAUUCCUCGAAUCUACGAAUUUUUUGGCGCCACAGAGGGAACGGCUAUUUUACUGAAUUGUUGUAAUAAAGUCGGUGCGGUAGGAAGAUGGUCUCCUCUCAUAAGAUGGAUGAAUGGCAAAGGAAAAGGUUUCUGCAUUGUAAAGUUCGAUUCGGUAACUAAUAAGCCAAUCCGUGGGAGGGAAGGAAAGUGUGUUCUGAUAAACCCAGGUGAAACAGGUCUGCUUCUAGCUGUAAUGCCACCCAAUACUGAUAAAAUUUAUCUGGGAACAAAAGAAAUGGAUGAUAAAAAAAUUGUACGAGAUGUCCUGGAAAAUGGCGACACUUUCUUCAACUUUGGAGACUCUGUGUACUUAGACUUUGAUUAUUAUGUGUAUUUCCGGGAUAGAAUUGGUGAUACCUUUAGGUGGAAAGGUGAAAAUGUAUCAACAACAGAAGUGGCCCAUGUUUUGACGCAACUUCAAUUUAUUCAUGACGUCAAUGUGUAUGGUGUAUCGAUUUCCGGAAAUGACGGUAAAGCUGGCAUGGCAGCAGUUCAGCUAGAAGACGGUUUUAAAAUGACAGAUGAAACUCUUAAACGACUCUACGAACAUGUAUUCAAACACCUUCCGCACUAUGCUCGCCCUAUUUUCAUCAGAGUGGUCUCAGAGUUUGUAACAACUCAGACAAUGAAGCACCGGAAGUUGGAGUUGGUGGAGGAGGGAUUUGAUAUAGAUGUAAUCAAGGACCCACUUUUUGUGAUUAAUCAUAAGUCAAAGACGUAUGAACCCCUCAAUAUUUCAAACAUUGGCACCAUAGUUACAUCAAGACUGUAGAUUUCACAUACUUACAUCAAGACUGUAGAUUUCAAUCAUUGGCACCAUAGUUACAUCAAGACUGAAGAUUUCAAUCGUUAUUUCCAAAUGUAAAAAAGAAAACAUUUAAAUGUUUAAUCAG